AUGUCUGACAUCCCGGCCGACACCUCUGCUUCACUUCUCACUACGCUCGCAGAUGAGAUCUCGUCCAGUGCGACUCUCCUAUCUUCGCAUAUCGAAUCCAGGCGACUACCAUGGCCAUCUUUUUCCGCCGAUGGCCCCCGGCAGCCAAUCUGCGAGGACAAUGAAGAAGUCUCACGGGCACGCACUGCUCUCAUUGAAGCCACUAGAACCCUCCACGCCCUCGCCGUCGGGCCAGUUGAAACUACAAAGCACUUCUGUCUCAACGAGAUCUAUCUCCUCGGCGCAAUGCAAGUCCUGUGUCAUUUCGAGAUUCCACAGAACAUGCGCGCCUGCAUCUGGCUCCGCCAUGCCGAGAUGCUCCCUGCCGUAUCCAAGCUCGUCGACAUGGUCAAGCGGUACCCCGACUCCCCUGAGCCACAGAACACAGCUUUCUCGCUGGAAUUCGGAGACACUUUCUUCGGGUACAAAGAGAGAUACCCCGAAAACAUGGUCAAAUUUGGACAAUUUGUUGAUGCCUUUUCCGGUGGUAGCUCCGCCGACUCGGCCGAAAGCAUUGCGCGAGCCUACCCCUGGGAGACACUACCGAACAGAGCGCUCGUCGUUGAUGUUGGCGGUGGCAUCGGACAUAUCUCUGCUGCUCUUGCGCAGGCACAUCCUCAUCUGCGGUUUCAGGUGCAGGACUUUGAACAUUUGAGAGGCGCGGCCGAGGAAUUGAUGGAGAGUAAGGGAGUAAAGGAUAGAGUUGAGUUUGUGUCGCAUAAUUUCUUUGACCCCCAACCAGAGCCAGCCAGACGAGCCGCCGUUUACUUCAUGAGGAACAUUGUUCACAAUUGGCCUGACUUGUACUGCCAGCGAAUCUUGAAACCGAUUGCCGAAUCUAUGGGGCCGGAAAGUAGGAUCGUCAACUGCGAUAUUGUUUUGCCCGAGCCAAAUUCGGUGCCAAAGGCGCAGGACGCAGUGACCAGGGCACUUGAUUUGACUAUGCUAUCGAUGUUCAACGCUAAAGAAAGAUCUUUCGACCGGUGGAAGGAGCUGUUUGCGAGCGCCGAUGGCAGGCUCGAGAUCACCGACAUGGUAGGGAAGCCACGAAUGAGGAUGGAUAGCCUGGUUGAGGCUAGGUUGUUAUGUUGA